AUGGUGCUUGAUAUGGAUCUGUUCCGAGAGGAGAAGGGUGGCAAUCCGGAGUUGAUCCGAGAGUCACAACGGAAACGAUACAAAGAUGUUAAGUUGGUGGAUCGCGUGAUUGACUGUGAUCAAAAAUGGCGAAAAGAUCGUUUCGCGGUUGAUAAUUUGAAUCGUUUAAAAAACGUUUGCAGCAAAGCAAUAGGCGAGAAAAUGAAGGUUCCCGCAUUGAUUUUUUUUGUGAUGUUCCAGAAGAAAGAACCGGAGGGAACCGAUGAGCAAAUUCCAGAGAAGCUUCUGAAUGGUUUGGAGAACUUAGGCGCACCUUCAAUAAACGAGUUAACGAUAGCGCAAAUUAAACGUUUACGUGUGGUAAUCGAUGAACGUAUGGUGAGCACAAAGAAAGAAAUGGACAGACUGGAAACGGAACGCAAUGAAGCUCUCGUGGAAAUCGGUAACAUAAUUCAUGAGAGUGUAGUGGUGAGUGACGAUGAAGCGAAUAACAGAGUGGAACGAACCUACGGAAAUAUCAACGACAAGAAGAAAUAUUCACACGUUGAUCUGAUAGUGAUGGUUGAUGGAUUCGAUGGUGAACGAGGCACUAUGGUGGCUGGUGGCCGUGGAUACUUCCUGAAGGGUCCAAUGGUAUUCCUGGAGCAGGCGAUCAUCAAUUUAGCUCUUCAAACCUUACAAGCCAAAGGCUUUACAGCACUCUACACGCCGUUCUUUAUGCGCAAAGAGAUUAUGCAAGAAGUGGCGCAAUUGAGUCAGUUCGAUGAAGAAUUGUACAAGGUAACGGGCAAAGGUACAGAAAUGGCUGGUGACGAUACUGUAGAUGAGAAAUAUCUGAUCGCAACUUCCGAACAACCGAUAGCCGCAUUCCAUCGUAACGAGUGGAUCAAUCCGGCUGAUUUACCGAUUAAAUAUGCAGGAAUUUCAACUUGUUUCCGUCAAGAGGCUAGUUUUCGAAGACGUUUAAUUUUUCGAAUAGUUGGUAGCCACGGUCGUGACACUCGCGGUAUCUUCCGUGUACAUCAGUUCGAAAAAGUGGAACAGUUCGUUCUGUGCUCACCACACGAUGGUAUAAGUUGGAAGAUGUUCGAUGAGAUGAUUGGGAAUGCAGAAGAGUUUUGUCAAAUGCUCGAAAUACCCUAUCAGAUCGUUUGUAUUGUGUCGGGCGAAUUGAAUAAUGCAGCUGCGAAGAAAUUUGAUCUGGAAGCGUGGUUCCCGGGAAGUGCAGCGUUCAGGUAA